UGACUGCACGACUUUCACUUCCUUUUCAAGUGCACCACUGCUUCUCCAUUCCCCUGAACCAUGACACAAGCAGCAUCACCAGCACCUCUCAAAGUUAUCCAUGUUUGUUCGGUGGCACCGUUUCAAGAACCAACCCUUUCCACCCUUGUGCCAACCUCUCUUCCACUAACCUUCUUCGACCUCUUAUGGCUUCGAUUUCCACCUGUUCAACGUCUCUUCUUCUAUCACUUCCCACACCCAACCUCUUCUUUCCUUCAUUCUCUUCUUCCCUCUCUCAAACUUUCUCUUUCCCUCACUCUCCAACACUUCCUCCCUUUCUCUGGCACUCUCACAUGGCCCUCUCACUCUCCCAAACCCAUCAUCAACUAUCUCCCCGGCGACACCGUUUCCUUCACUGUUGCUGAGUCCGACCUAAACUUCAACCAUCUUUGCUCCCAUCUCUGUGAAGCAUCACAGCGCAACGAUUUAGCACCCCACUUGGCCAAUUCCCAUGAUAAAGCAUCUCUGUUGGCGGUUCAAGUCACUCUCUUCCCAAACGCUGGCUUUUGCAUUGGAGUAACCACACACCAUGCAGCUUUCGACGGAAAAUCUUCAUCCAUGUUCAUCAAAGCAUGGGCCUAUAUAUGCUCUAACCUUCAAAACCCUACUACACCCACACCAACACCAUCCUUACCUCACCAUCUUACGCCUAUCUUUGACAGAUCAUUGAUUAGAGACCCUUCUGGAUUGGCUGAACUGUACGCAGAGCAGUGGAUGAAUCAUAAUGGUUCGAAUAACCGAAGUCUCAAGGUGUGGGAGUCUCUCACUGCAACACCGAGCGAUGGACUCAAAGGUUUGUUUGAAUUGACCCCUUCACAGAUUCAAAAGCUCAAACAAUACGGAAACUCAAAGGUCAAAGUGGCUGUUCGUCUGUCAACAUUUUCUGUUACGUGUGCGUAUGUGUUAGCGUGUUGGGUCAAAGCGAACCAAGUGAAGGAUGAAAAUGUGCUGUGCAUAUUUUCUGUUGACUGUAGAACGCGCUUGGAUCCUCCAAUUCCAGCCACGUAUUUUGGAAACUGCGUUAAAGGAGAAUUCGUUGUGGCUUUGACUAAGGAGUUGAUUGGAAAAGAUGGGUUCAUUUGUGCUUUGGAGAGGAUAGUUGAGGCUUUGAAUAGGGUGAAGGAAGAGGGAGUUUUGAAUGGAGCAGAAAAAUGGGUUUCGAGUAUGCAUGACCCUCGGGAGGGUAGAAUAAUUUCUACUGGUGGGUCUCCGUUGUUUGAGGUUUAUAGCAUUGAUUUUGGGUGGGGAAGGCCAAAGAAGGUGGAUAUGGUAUCCACAGACAAAACAGGAGCAUUUUCUCUCAGUGAAAGUAGGGAUAUCAGUGGAGGAAUUGAGAUUGGAUUGCUGUUAAGUAAAAGUGAGAUGGAAGAUUUUACUUCCCUUUUUCUUCAAGGACUUGAUUCUCUUUAGAAAAAUGCAACCUUUCCGUCUAGUUAUGAUGGAUACAGCACCCACCAAUAAGAGCAAAUAUCUGCCCACUUUUUUUAUCUGUUACUUUUGUGUGAUAAAUAAGUGAAAGUUGCUGUGUAAUGAAAAUUAGCUUAUUCUGUUACAAAAGUUGAUUCAAUAAUCCAGGCGUAUUCUACUUUAUCAUGUGGUU